CGCCAAAACUCUAUCGAACCUCCCGCGUUAUCAGUGCCUCCCGAAGUCGGCCCAUGUACAUAUGGGCAUAGGAUGGAGAAGUCAAGCCUUAUCGCUCGCCGUAGCCCGCUUAGGGUCGUCGACCGCUGAUCUCGAGUAAAGGAAAUGUCAACCACCUAUCUAUGGCAGCUGCCAUGACUUCAUCUACGAGAUGAUCCUGGGGUAUAAAGAUUCCUGCUCUUUUGCUUGAUCUGGCUGUACGAUAGUGAGGUUGAACCAGAUCAGUCGCAUUCAGCAGUAUGGGUCGCCUUAUGGAUUGGAUCCUUGUUAGCCGUGAGCCGGGGGAGCCCGAGUACAAGAACCAUUCCGAGGCGAUGUUGAACAAUUACGAUCUGAAACCGGUCGAGCCUGCGCGCCGUACGUGGGGUGCGUGGAACUAUGUUGGUUUCUGGGUCAGUGACGCGUUUAAUAUCAACACUUGGAUGAUCAUCUCGUCCUCCGUCGUCGGCGGUUUGUCUUGGUGGGAAGCCUGGAUCUGUGUGUGGGUCGGAUACCUGAUCACGGCUUGUUUCGUCUGUGCCAGCGGUAGGAUUGGUGCCACCUAUCACGUCAGCUUCCCUCCCGCUGCUCGUGCGAGUUUUGGGAUUUGGGGAUCGUUGUGGCCCGUGUUGAACCGUGGUGUGAUGGCAGCGAUUUGGUAUGGAGUACAGUCGUGGAUCGGAGGGGAGUGCGUGCUCCUCAUGCUUCGCUCGAUUUGGCCGUCUGCCGAGACGAUGCCCAACAGCUUACCUACAUCUUCUGGAACCAACACUCGCGAUUUCGUCUGCUUCUUCUUAUUCUGGCUAUUCCAGUUGCCAUUCAUUUGGUUUCCUGUUCAUCAGAUCAAACAUCUCUUUACUGUCAAGGCGUUCAUUGUGCCCACCGCUGGUGUUGCGUUCUUCAUUUGGAGUAUCAUUAAGGCGCAUGGAAUUGGACCAAUCGUCAAGCAAGGUGGCACGCUAUCAGGCUCGGAAAAGGGAUGGGCGAUUGUCUCUGCCAUCAUGAACUGCAUCGCCAACUUUGCUACGCUGAUCGUUAACGACCCUGAUUUCACCCGUUUCGCCAAGAAGCCCAGGGAUGCGCUUUGGUCGCAGCUUGUUACAAUUCCUGUUGCGUUCGCGAUUACUUCGUUCAUCGGGGUCAUUGUCAGUUCCAGUUCGACUGUGAUCUAUGGCGAGGCUAUCUGGAACCCUACCGACCUUUUGAAGUUGUAUUUGGACGACGCUCCCACCUCAGGCACCCGUGCUGGUGUCUUUUUCAUCGCCUUCGCAUUGGCACUUGCGCAGCUCGGUACGAAUAUUGCAGCAAACUCUGUCUCUGCUGGUAGUGACCUUACUGCCCUUUGCCCUCGUUUGAUCAACAUCCGUCGCGGAGGUUACGUCGCGGCUGUCGUGGGAAUCUGUAUGUGUCCAUGGAACUUGCUCAGCAGCAGCAACAACUUUACCACAUACUUGUCAGCAUACUCGGUGUUCUUGUCAUCUAUCGCUGGUGUCAUUCUCGGUGACUAUUACUGGGUGCGCAAGGGAUACUUGAAGGUUGAGGAUCUCUACAGUGCGAACAAGAAUGAUUCCUACUGGUACACAUGCGGCAUUGGGCUGAAGGCGUAUGUAGCAUACAUCGCCGGUAUCCUCAUCAAUGUUAUCGGCUUUGCCAAUGCUGUCGGCUCUGAUGUUCCCAUGGGUGCUGUGUACAUCUACCGCUUGAACUUUUUCACCGGGUUCAUCGUGGCAUCUUGCACAUACGCUGCCCUUUGCAAAAUUUGGCCGAGUCCCGGCCAGUGGCCUUCUGAAUGGAGUGAAGUCGGUUCUGAGGCCUAUAUUGAGGGUAAGGCGCUUGAAAGGGGUGCGAUUGAAAUGGAGGUUGGUUCCGAUCAGCUCGCCUACGACAAGAAGGGUUUCACGGAGGCGGCCAGGGAGAGGGAGCAGUCGUUCUGAGUAAGUCGUUUGGGCAUGUUUUGUAGGAUAGCUCGAGUCAAUGAUACCGUGUAUAC